AUGGCUUCCCAAGGAAGUCUGGUGAGCCACCCAACCGGCAGGGAGCCUCCUCCACAGACAGACGACGCCAAUCAACAAAGAAUCCAUUCGCCGACCACAUCACAUGAGACGGACCCUGUCUUCCUCAGUCCCAAUUCACGAUCACCAUCCACUUCUGGCAAUUCUGACAUGUGGAGGAAUUCUCAAAGAAGUCUCGCCGGCCAGACCCAAGCCGCCUCUAACAGCCAUUCGCCUGCUGCUGAUGCCUACGACUCGAUAAUCAGUCCAGAGGUUGCGGGUUCUUUAGGCGUUGCUAGUGACCGCAACAGAGGUUCUGGCGCCGCCUCGAAUACCCUUAGACUCAUUAACCGAAUUCUGACCACUUCGUUCACUGCGGCUCACUCUUUAACAACAUACGCAAUGAGUCCCAAGCACCAAGCGCGAGUCGCUGAAAUGACGCCCGGGGCCCUCGACGACUUGCUGGACGAGAUAGACAUACCACUCCCAGGGUUACAGGCGAAUGAUCACUCGGUACCGGGUGCCGCGAAUGAAUGGUAUAGCUCAUUCCAGAUGAACAUGGAAUCAAAUCGCGACGCUAUGGUGGUGGAAUCACUGCGUGAUCAAGAUAUCGAAAUCAGCUCUCAAGAUGAUGGAUAUCCUGGACCUGAAGGGAAUUUGCAGAGGGAUGAAGAAGGGCGAGCACAGGAUGUCCAGAUGGGCGAAGAAGGACAAGUACAGGACGGCCAGAGGGGUGGUGAAACGCAAGGCGGACAGAGGGACGAUGAAAGAGCAGCGGAUGGCCAGAGGGGACAUGGUGAAGGGCGAGCACAGAAUGAACAGAGGGUUGGCGAAGAACGAGCGCAGGACGGACACAGGGACAACGAAAGAGGAGCACAUGAUGACCAGAGGGGUGAUGAAGGACAGGAUGGACAGAGGGGUGGCGAAGGACGAGCGCAGGGCGGACAGAUGGAUGGAGAAGAACUUCCGCAAGAUCGAUGGAGGGAUGAAGAAGAUCGCGAUCGCCCACGGGGUGGUCCCCCUCAGCAGGACCAGGGGGCGGGUCCUCAUGCCGAGUUAUAUGGUCUCAUCCAAGGGUUGGUCGACGAGAUGCGGGCAGAUUGUCAAAUUCUUGUGCAACAAAUUGGUAUCGGGUUUGAAAGAACGACAGACCUCAUCCAACAGGUUCUAGGACGUCGUGUUGCAGAAGAGACACCAACACCCCCCGCGGCUGGUCGAAGCAAGCGCAGCCAACCAAAGAUUACAGGCAACGCGAAGCGAAGGAGUCCAGACGUAACCCUUCUUGCAUCUCAAGUUAGAAAGUUCUUCACCCUGCUUGUCGGGGAGGUUAACUUGCUACAACCAUCAGUGGGCGCAGAAGAAGCCCAAAACUAUGCCAAUAUGUGGAACGCCCCGCGAGUAUUUGCAGUAGCAUUCCGUCGCUGGGCCCAGGUGGACCUAGACCACACCGCGACUACGGACACAUUUUUCACUUGGAUCAAGUCCUUGAAGCAAAAUUACAAGAAAUCACAAUUGAACGCCGCCGAGCAAGGUCGCGCUCAGUCCUUGGCACGACGAAAAACUCGCAAGAGAGCGUUGUUUCAUUUACGGCUGGAAGCAGCCCAACAACACCCCCUCCUACAGCGUCAUGUAGACAUCAUGCAGCGUUUGGGACCCGAUGGCAUGUCUAGCGACGAAUCCGAUGUGGAGGAUGGCCGUGGAGGAGAAGACCCAGCUAACCCGACGCGCCCAAUAUUUCGGGUGGUUGCCCCUGGCUGGAGAGCGCACGAAGUGGGUGAAUGGCUGGAACCCUUCGACUCAAUCCACUUGUUUUCCCGCCGUAACAGCGACGAUCUCCGCGGCCAGUAUCCUCAACUUCGGUUACGCACCUCACGUACGCGUACUGUCGAUCGUACCGCGAGGGCCGUCAAAGACCUCCCCGUCAAUGCCUACGAUCCAGCGUGGCUUGAGCAACAAACCCAGGCCGAUUUCACCGUUCACACCACUAAUCAACGUUACGAAUUUCAGCACGACAAUAGGCUGUUCAGGUGA